GUAUUCAGCCUUUUCGCCAACUUCUUCAUUCUGCUCAGUUACCCUUUGAACUUUUUCAUUUACUGCGGGAUGAGCAAGCAGUUCCGGGAAACGUUCAAACGUCUGUUCACCGGGGCAGCCAUGCCAGUAGAACGUGAAUACUCUCAAUACAUGACGCUACCAACAGAAAACGGCAAGAGUACAGCUGUUACUGGCGAUGAAACAGCUUUAUGA